UCUUUGUGGCUGGCCGCUCUGGGUUGGCGGCCUGCUCCCUGGUCACCCGUGGGCUUUGCGGAAAGAAGAGAUUACGCCAAGACUUUCUGGGAAGUAGCAUACCCAGUUGUAGUGAGCUCUUUUGAACAGCUCUUUCAGGCCAGAAUGGCUGUGGAAUCCAGAGCAAUUUCAACCCUGGUUCCUCAGAGUCCUCAGGAACAAGAACUGAUACUAGUGAAAGUAGAAGAAAGCCUUUCCUGGGGUCAGAAAUUAAAGCAGAAUGGGAAUACCCGAUCCUGCCAAGAAUUGUUUCGCCAGCAAUUCAGAAAGUUUUGCUACCAGGAGACACCUGGGCCCCGGGAGGCUCUGGGCCGACUCCAGGAGCUCUGCUAUCAGUGGCUCAUGCCAGAGUUGCACACGAAGGAGCAGAUCCUGGAACUGCUGGUGCUGGAGCAGUUCCUGAGCAUCCUGCCUGAGGAGCUGCAGGUCUGGGUUCAGCAACAUGGUCCAAAAAGCGGCGAGGAAGCUGUGACUCUGUUGGAGGAUUUGGAGAGGGAAUUUGAUGAUCCAGGACAGCAGGUCCCAGCUAGUCCACAAGCACCAGCAGUACCGUGGAAGGAUUUAACAGGUCUUGGAGCAUCCCAAGAGUUAAACAUCCAAAUCCAGCCUUUAAAGACACAGCUGAAACCUUGGGACCCUUGCAUUUCUCCCCAAAGUGAUUGUGAAAAUAAUGAAUCGACAACAAAGAAGGACAUUUUGGGCAAAAAAUCAGGACUUUGCCAGGAACUUUCAUUUGGAGGAUUUAGCGAACACGAAAGCAGUCUAGAGUGGCAGCAGAGAACUGCUUCGGGGGAGAAAUUAGGAAGAUCCCCUGUCCAAGGAGGCAGUUUUAGUCAAGUAAUCUUCACACACAAAUCUCUAGGAAAGAUAGGCCAUCAUGAGCCUCAAAGAAGCUUGAUUCUAAGUGCAAACUCUGUAACAUAUCAGAAAGUUCCCAUGGAAGAGAGGCCUUACAGAUGUGAUGUAUGUGGGCACAGCUUUAAACAGCAUUCCUCUCUAACACAACAUCAGAGAAUCCAUACUGGAGAAAAGCCCUAUAAAUGUAACCAGUGUGGAAAGGCCUUUAGUUUGAGGUCGUAUCUUAUUAUUCAUCAGAGAAUACACAGUGGUGAGAAGGCAUAUGAAUGCAGUGAAUGUGGGAAAGCCUUCAAUCAGAGCUCAGCUCUCAUUAGGCACCGGAAAAUCCACACUGGUGAGAAAGCUUGUAAGUGUAAUGAGUGUGGCAAAGCAUUCAGUCAAAGUUCGUAUCUCAUUAUCCAUCAAAGAAUUCAUACUGGUGAGAAACCCUAUGAGUGUAAUGAGUGUGGGAAAACCUUUAGCCAAAGCUCAAAGCUUAUAAGACACCAGCGAAUUCAUACAGGAGAGAGACCUUAUGAAUGUAACGAGUGUGGAAAAGCUUUCAGGCAGAGCUCAGAGCUGAUAACCCACCAGAGAAUACAUAGCGGAGAGAAGCCCUAUGAGUGUAAUGAGUGUGGAAAAGCAUUCAGUUUGAGCUCAAACCUCAUCAGACAUCAGAGAAUUCAUAGUGGAGAGGAACCUUAUCAGUGUAGUGAAUGUGGCAAAACAUUCAAAAGGAGCUCAGCCCUUGUUCAGCAUCAGAGAAUUCACUCAGGGGAUGAAGCUUAUAUAUGUAACGAAUGUGGGAAGGCUUUCCGCCACAGGUCGGUCCUUAUGCGCCAUCAGAGGGUCCACACUGUAAAGUAACUUGUGAGUACAAUGACGAUUGUAAAUACUUCAGUCAGAUUUGUAUCUCCGUUAGGCAAAAGGGUUUUCUUUGAGCCAGACCCCAUGCAGCUUGUAAACUACCAGGUCUCGAGUCAGUCCAACUCCAUGCGGCACUUCCAGUGCACAGGCACAUUGUCCCUUGAAAGCUUUUCCUGUGACUAGUCAGAAGAGCAGAUGGAAGAAUCGUUGCUUCCAGCUUUCCUCUUACCAUUGGGACUACUCAGGAAAUAGGAAAGAUGGGACUAUUACAUUGAAACCUCAUUUUCCAUGAGAAUGUCACGAAGAGGGUAGAGCAACCCAGGCUCUGUCACUGCGUCCUACUGCUGGUGGGAUGGUGUGGACGGGGUGAGGGACAUUUUGUCUCAUGGAUGCAAAAAUUGUACUGAUCAGUUAACAGUAACGGGACAGCAAGACUGGUGGGGAGGUAGUUUCACCAAUGAAUUAAGGAGCGCAGGGCAGGCCAGAAAUGAGGUAGAAGAAUACAAAUUAAUUUAUCCAGCAGGUAUUUUUGAGUACCUGUUUUCUGCCAGGAACUAGGUAUAGUAGAAAAUGGAGACAGUCUCUACAGUUCAAUGGACAGGGCAAACAGGUGAUGACAUUGGUUUGAUCAGUGCUACGUGACAUUAAGGAGUACCUGACCCAACUUUGGGUCAAGGAAGGCUUCUGGGAUAAAUGAUUUGAAGGAUGAAUGGGAGGUAGGCAGGCUAGGGAACAACAGACAAAGGUCAGAAAGAAAAUCUGGUACAUGGGAGAAGUUAACAGUAAAAGGCCACUUCCUGUGGUAUUCCUUUUGAAGUGGAGGCAGGUCUGUAAGAGAAGUAUGGAUGGAGCCAGAAUCUCUCAAGCCGUGCUUGUGAAGUCUCUUAAUAGACAAAACCUGGAGUCCUUCGACCACCGGGUGGUGGAGAGUUUUGUGUUCGUCUGGGGUGACCCAGAGAAAGGGUUAUUGUAGAGCUUUCUUGCCCUACCUGUAGGCUAGGCUAGACCUUUCAUGCAGGUGGGGUUAGGGAGUCAGACGGAGCCUGCCAUAGAGGGUAAGAGUCUUCAGAGUUCUAAAUGCCCCUCUCCUAGACAUAAGGAUGUCUUUGGUUCGUAAGACUGUAACAGAGCUACUGCCAGCUUCCUCCCAGUUUUCAAGGCUCUGGUCAAAGCUGCUGUUGGCAUGGGUACCAUAUCAUUUGUUUCUGGAGCUGUAGCCCCACCGUUCUAGUGCACUCCCUUGGGCUCAGGUGCUAAAAAAUAUUUUGUCAGUUGCUGGGUCUGUAACUUACUCUCCAAGCACCUCAUGCGUGUUCAGUUUUGUUUUAUAUUAGCAGUGUUCACAGUCUUUCGUGAAUUUUGUUAAAGACAAUGCUACAGGGAAGUAACAACAGAAAGACACAGUCAUGGUCCAUCCAGAGACUACCCUGCUCUGAAGGACCCAGUGGGAAAAGUAUCCUGAGACUGGUACUUCUCAGUGCAAUGUGGAAAGGUGUAUAGGCUAGUCAGCAACAGAAAAACAUGUUAUUCAAAAUACCUAACAGAUUGGAGCUAUAGCACACCUUACCAAAAAUAAAUCUGUGGGAAUCCAGAAUCCUGUGCGUAGGAAAAGAGCUAUCCGUGAGGAUGGAGAGAAAAGUGGUGGUCCAGCUGGGGCAUACACAGAGAAGCAUGCACUCACCAGAAGGAAAGGCAGCAGGCUAUGUGCCCAUGCUUAGAGAGAGUGUGGAAAAAGACAGGGAUAGCAUCAUUUGGAAAAGAUGGUAAAAUAUAACAAAAUAGUAAGAGUUAUUCAAUUCUCGUUUUCUUCCACAGAGAAAGAUGCAAAUGAAAAAGGACAAACUAGGAAUGAUACAACAUAUUACAAAAGGGAGAUAAUCCUCUGCAGACAGUUAUUACACAUACUGAUAGGAAAUGUGACAGGUACUUAAUCAGGGCUUUGUUGACAUGUACUGGUUAUUUCUCAGACAGCCCAUAGUUCACAGAGAAGGAAAUGGAGGCUUAGGACUAUGGUUGACCCAGUAACAUAGAGCUAAAAAGUGGUGAGGAUAGACUUUGAGCCCAGGCAGUAGGAAUCCAGAACUCUUCUGUGGAGCCAUUUCUCUGUACUGUCUUCCCAUGAAGAGGUUACAGCAGAAAAAUAUGUUUCUUAAAUAGGCAAAUCACAAAAGAAUAAAUGCCAAUGGACACUAAGUGUUCAGCCUUGCUAGAAUCAAAAAUGAACUAUGUUAAAGCAAGAGUUGAGAUGGCAAUUUUUUUGUCCCUAAUAAAACUAACAAAAAUUCAAGGAAAUUGGGACUCUAAUGUUGCAAGUGUGAUGCAAGGAGAUGCUGUCUUAGGCAAUCCACACCAGAAGCCUUAAGCAUUGCCUUUUGACUUUAAAGUUCUACCUGUAAAUUUAUGCCUCAAAAACCAUCAUGAAUGUAUACAAAGUCUUAAAAGAUGUUAAAAGUGAUGCUGAUUAAUAUUAAAUGACAAAGCACUCAUAUCUUAAGUAAAAAUAAAAGUCCAUUAUGUACACUAUGGUUCCAUGUAGAAAAUGUAUUCAUUAAAAAUACUGGAAGUACUAUACACUUAAAGUGCUGCACUGGUGAUCUUCGAGUGGUAAGAUUAUAGGUGAUUUAAUUUUUUUCUUGUGCUUUCUGUGUCUUCCAAAUUUUUUCAAUAAAUAUUGAAAACUAAAAUUAGAGGAAAAAGGUAUAGAAGAGAGUGGAAGCCCAGGAUAGUUGAGAAAAGCACAUGGUUUCCAUAGCAUCUCCAUCCCUUCCAAGUCGGAGAGAUUAGCUUACUUGUUAACUCUGAUGUGUGACUCCUCAUUGGUGAAUGGCAAUGGCAGACAUAGCCACCUCACACUCAUGUAUAUUCAAUGUCUUCUGCAAAUUACAAACCUCUGCAAAUUGGAGCUGUUUGCAUGAAGGAGAUUUAUAGUUGAGAAAGGGAAUAAGCCUUGAAGUGGAGACCUUUGUUCUUGCUAGUUCUUGUCCAUUAAUUCUGCAGCUAUAAGCAUGUCACCUCACAAUUCUGAACCCUCAGUUUAAAGGAGCUGAAGUAAGUGAUCUCUUAUGUUAAAGCUUCAGCAUUUUGCCCUGGCUGGUGUGGCUCAGUGGAUUGAGCGCUAGACUGUGAACCAAGGGGUCACUGGUUCAGUUCCCAGCCAGGGCACAUGCCUGAGUUAC